AUGGAGUUGAGUUCAAGGGAAGAGACCAGAGAAACUAAACUGAGAUUUUAUAUCAUACGUAUUAGAUUGUUUCAACCAAUCUUGCCAUGGCGACCAUCCGGUCGCACUCAUUUUACUCACAAUGCGAUUGUUCGGAGUGCUUUUCAAACAAUGAUGUUUGUUCAAGAAUUUGACAUACGUGAAGAUGAAGAACAACUGAUAAAGUUGCAAGAUAUCAUCGAUUUACUCGUUGCUGCAGGAUAUUUUCGAGCUCGUAUCAAAUCUAUCCCUCCUUUCGAUAGGGUGAUCGGUGGAAUAGUAUGGUGCAUAACGUCAUGCAACCAUACAGUUGAUAUCGAUCUGUUUUACUCUGAGAGUGCUACCAUUGGUCAAAAGAUAGCGUUAACUGAAAAAGUAGUGGAAGUGUUACCUCAAUUGAAAUGUCCCUAUACCAUUGAACCAUUUCAAAUCCAAGGACUUGACUAUAUCCACAUCUUCCCUGUUGUUCAGUGGCUUGUUAAAGAAGCUGUCUGUGCAAAAGAACAGUAUGGCGAUAGUGUACGAAAUCAUGCUGUAUAUCAAUUCGCUCAACGGUUUUGUUUUUCAAAGGAUAAGCGCAGAGAAAAAGAAAAAAGUAUUUUUUUAAACAACUGCCUCAGUGUGAAGGCGAAGUGUCCACCCCAACGCAUUUAUAAACAGAAGGGCAAUGUCAAACCACCAGAUUUACGAACCAAUAUUCGUUGUACUUUAUUGGAAUACGGAUGGAGAGAUGAUUGUAAUGUAGCAGUUCAAGAAAGCACUAAAUGGUUUGGAAAUGACAAAGAAGAUGAAAAUGUGGAUGCCGACGAGCUCCUGAUGGAGUUAUCGGAGACAGAAAUUCAGCCAGCAAAGCAACGUCUUCCGUCGAAAACACUUGCCCAAAUCAUUGAUAUAUCGGAUUUUGAUGCUGAUGAGUUGAAAAAUGAGAGAGGUUUUGUCAAGCCUUAUCAACAAAGCAUAUCAGCAGCAGAAAAAGAAUUAAUUGAACUCAGAGAAGAAGAAAAAGAUUUGGAUGAUUCUUUAGCAAGUCUUCAACUGAGGAAGAAGGCCCAACUACAGGAAAUGGAUGAAAUCGAUAGAAGAAUUGCGGACUUUGAGCAGCUGGUUAGCAGCAGUGGUGUAGAAACUGUUGAAAGGUUGAAACAUCUACUAAUUGAGCAUGACGAGAUUCAUAGGCGAGAAAUGGAUUUCAAAACAAACUGUCGAAAUGAACUACAGGAACUGGACGAGGUUCUUGAGCAACUGAGAACAGUCGGCCCUUUGAAGGAAGAAUUGAAGAAUAAUGGCGAUUCGGUGAAAAAUAUAAGUUUGGAAGCGGAGCAGCAUCUAACAAGUAUUCGAUUGGAGUUAUCAGAUUUAAAUCGACAGAUUGCUGCACAACAACGUAUGCUCGACAAUAUCCCUGCGCAAAUUGAAAUCAGCCAAUAUCAACGGAGAAUUAUCGAGCUUUAUAAUCAAAUGGCAAGCAAGCAUCGAGAAACGAAGCAAUUUUAUAUUUUACAUAACACUUUGGUUGAUAUCAAAACGUUCAUGAAAAAAGAAGUUGAUAUGUUCAACAGUAUCGAUGACGUUCAAGACUUGACUUCUAAACAAAGUUACAAAGACUCAUUUGUUGAGAAUUUGCAGAAAAUAUUGAAAGGUGUUGAUGCUUCUCUUGAGAAGGUAUCAACAAAGCAAAAAGAACUGCAAGCAAGAAGGGAUAAAUUAUAUAGCGAGUAUCAGUAUUUAUUGGAGAAAGAACGUUUAUAUUACAAAACAGUUGAUGAUUUCAAAAGUGCUUGCCAUCAAAAUGAGGAGCUAAGGCGCACAGUCGAAGGUGAACACCUAAUAUAA